AGUAACAGUAGCAGUAGUAACAGUAGCAGUAGUAACAGUAGUAACAGUAGCAGUAGUAGUAGUAGUAACAGUAACAGUAGUAGUAGUAGUAGUAGUAACAGUAACAGUAGUAACAGUAGUAGUAGUAACAGUAACAGUAGCAGUAGUAACAGUAGUAACAGUAACAGUAGUAGUAGUAGCAGUAGUAACAGUAACAGUAGUAACAGUAGUAGUAGUAACAGUAACAGUAGCAGUAGUAGCAGUAGUAACAGUAACAGUAGUAGUAGUAGUAGUAACAGUAACAGUAGUAGCAGUAUAAGUAGUAGUAGUAGUAACAGUAGUAGUUGUAGUAGUAACAGUAGUAGUAGUAACAGUAACAGUAGCAGUAGUAACAGUAGCAGUAGUAACAGUAGUAACAGUAACAGUAGCAGUAGUAACAGUAGCAGUAGUAACAGUAGUAACAGUAGUAGUAGUAACAUUAGCAGUAACAGUAGUAACUGUAGCAACAGUAGUGAAAGUAGUAACAGUAGUGAAAGUAGUAACAGUAACAGUAGUAGUAGUAGUAGUAGUAACAGUAGUAGUUGUAGUAGCAACAGUAGUAACAGUAACAGU